UUUUUGAACAGCUGGGUGCGUGCCUAUGAUUUCUUAAAAUGCUGCCUACAGAGACAACUCAAUAGGUUUUGGAUGUUUGGGGGGAAAAGGGAGAGAAUAUGAAAGGGAGAUUGUUCAUGCAAAGGUUGCGCAAUUAGAAUUAAACUUUAGAGGAAUUAAAAGGGUCUUAAGCAAACGAAAUGAAGGAAGGGAUAGAGCUGGCGGAUUAUAAAGGAAGAGGCAGAGAAAGAGAUGGCGGCUGAUUUAGAGAGAUCAAAAGUCGCUUGUCGGGUCAGAUUGAUUCUCUGAUUACCUCUGUUUCUCAUAAAUGGAUGAGAGAUAGAAACGCAGGAGCGGGGAGAAAAAUCAAUUCUGUCAUCCUCUUUCCUCUGCCUUUUUAUAGAUGCAGGAAUAAGAUACUCUUGUUGUGAGAUUCAUCUUUUGGCUCGUUCCGCCCUCCUCUGAUGCACUCUAACUCCCUCCUUUCAUUUCUCUUUUCUCCUCUCGGCCUUACACUUUUAUUUCGCUGGUGUGCACUGGCUCAUUCACUCUCCACUCUCUUGCUGGCAGGGAUUUUAAUGAGGCUCUUGUGUUUCAGAUAUUCAGCCUCCUCAGCCCUCAGGCUUUCCCACACAACCACAACAACAACAACAACAACUCUGGGGCGAUUUCACUGAACAGUUGUGGCACUUUUGGAUGCGGUACACUAACUGCCCGCAAUCUGUUUUAAACAGGCAAUAAAUACGCUGAUUGUUUAAAUGAAGCCUUUCUUGUCAGUGCCAACAUGCCUACUAAUGACUGUGCUUAAAGAAUUUUUUGUUUAUGUUGUGCUGAACAAUACUGCAGUUGGCACUAUAGUGACACCUGGUGGCGCGGAUGCAGCAUUUUGUAAACGCAAAACAAACAGUGCAGUUCUUGGUGAAUUUUUUCCUCUGUCUUGUUCCCAGAGAGCACAGCAUUACCAUCCUCUUCAUUCAUCCAUCCCUCCACAGCUGGAUUAGCAGUCCAGAUGUUGCUGACCCACAUAGAAGAGAGGAACAGCUGUCUGCAGGAUGGGGUGGGAAGGCUGUCCUGGAUUUUAACAGUCAGAACAACCACUAACACAUGUGGGACACUGUGGAGAUAGAGAGGAUUACCCCUUAAGCCCAAACAUCCAGAGGGAGGAACAAGAGAAACUGCAUAGAACACGAAAAGAAGAAAUUCUGUUUGAGGUUGCGUGGGGGGGUGUGCGUCUGACCCGGGGCCUAGGUGUUGUCACUGCGCACACAGAGACGUAUCAUUAUGGGAAAACAGAACAGCAAACUCAGGCCCGAGAUGCUACAGGACCUGAGGGAGAACACGGAGUUCACUGACCACGAGCUGCAGGAGUGGUACAAGGGGUUCCUCAAAGACUGUCCCAGUGGGCAUUUGAACGUUGAGGAAUUUAAGAAGAUCUAUGCCAACUUCUUCCCAUACGGUGAUGCCUCAAAGUUCGCUGAGCACGUCUUCCGUACGUUUGACACCAACAACGAUGGGACCAUCGACUUCCGGGAGUUCAUCAUUGCUCUGAGCGUGACAUCACGGGGAAAACUGGAGCAGAAGCUGAAGUGGGCCUUCAGCAUGUACGAUCUGGAUGGCAACGGUUACAUCAGCCGUGACGAAAUGCUAGAAAUUGUGCAGGCCAUUUAUAAGAUGGUGUCAUCGGUGAUGAAAAUGCCUGAGGAUGAAUCCACACCAGAGAAGAGGACGGAUAAGAUAUUCAGACAAAUGGACCUGAACAAUGAUGGCAAGUUGUCUUUGGAAGAGUUCAUAAAAGGUGCCAAAAGUGAUCCCUCCAUUGUGCGGCUACUGCAGUGUGACCCCAGCAGCGCUUCGCAGUUUUGAGUCACUCCAGACAACCGGCACUCAAUGCAUGAAAGCUCUUAUAUCUCAUUCUUCUUUGUGUUCCAGACAGAAGAGUUUUAAGAAAGAAAAAAAAGUGCAACAAUUUUACUUUCAGUUUUUCCCAGAAAGGACAUGCGUACAUCUGAAGAAACAAAGACAACACCUGCCAAGACAUCCUCUGUCUGCUGCGUGUCAUCCGUCCUUGUCUCUGCUAGUGGAGUGCUUGACUCCACACACAAAAAAAGCGGCUGAUCGUGUUCUAGUGUCCAGAUUUUGGAAAGGAAUGUUCCUUUUUAGGAAUCGUGCAUGCGCUCCUGACCUUCCCCAACCCUCGCAACCCUUUUGUGUUUAAUAUCUGUGCUGUUUUGUUUCUCUUCCCCUUUGUUUUAUGAGGGCACAGUUCCCCUUCUACUUUUUAUAUUGAUAUUUAUGUGUAUAUACGGUAUAAAUGCAUAUUAGAAAUACAGAGGAAGGCAGUUAUAGUCGUCUUUUUACUCACAUGCAUCUUACGGCAGUAUUAUGUAGCUUCAGGCAGUAUCCAAAUCUUAGUCUCCAAUUGACCCAGUGGACUGAUGGACUGAAUGUUGGGAUUUUUCUGCUCUGGCGCUCAUGAUCUUUAUUUUACAAAGAGAAGGCUGAGGAUCCCAUUCUUGAAUUCUGUUCAUUUUAUUAUUUUUGUUGUUGUUGUUGUUGUUGUAAAUAUGUGGUUUGCUUCCAUACUUCUUUAUUUAUUUUUUUUUGCAUUUUUAUGGUGUUUAUUUUAACAAGGGUGAUUUUAUUACUGUUGAACCGAGAUGUGAGACACUUGGUGAUGUAUUAUGAGUAAGUUGUUAUUAAUUCAAGGCUUUUCAAUGCAUUGUGGGAAAUUUUUGCAUCAGGGGAUACAUUCCGUUGUGUUUUAAAUGGAAGACACUGGUAGCACAUAUCAUUUGAAGCGCUUCAUCUGUGUGCGUGCGGUUAUGUGCGCGUUUGUACGCAAGAGUGAAGGUUUGCAUGUUCUGGUGUAUGUAUGCGUCUGUGCUAACUUUAUAGUAUCACUUUGUGUAGUUCAAUACGAUAUCUUUGUAUGCAAGUAAGUUUUUGAUUCCCGAUUUGAAGCAGCUCAUGACACCUCUAUCCUGCAUCGUAUGGUACUCAAAGUCAUGCUUAGGUUUUCAUCAACAACAUAGACCGGAAUGUACAACACUAUAAUUUUUGAUCAUGUCCCACCUUUAGAUAAAGAGUUUGAAUACUGAAAGCGAUCACUAAGGGCUUAUUUUCACUCUUGAAUGAACAGGUGUAAAGAGAACGCCACUGCUUUGAUUUUCCUUUUCGUUUUAUGCAAUUACUGACAUUCCAUGGCCUGAAUUCUCCAGGUGCUCCUGCUUUCUACAAACAUAUUAUUAGCUCAUGAACUCAAUACAUGCUCACUCUCAAUACAUGUGUAGCUUCCAUAUUUGUACCGAGACCAUAUUUGAUGCUGCACCCUCUAUGGCAACUUUCCUCUAUUAUGUUGCAUGAAAACCUCAUGCGAGGACAUAAUGAUUGUCCCCUUUUACUGACAUUGAAAAAUAUACUUCUGUGUUUAGAA